CCGCGGCGAGCUGCGCACGGCCCGGCGGGGACCCGGAUCGGCGGCGCGGUGGGGCGCGGCGGCAGCGAGCGGCGGAGCCGGAGCAGCUGGAGCGGGGCCCGGGAUUCCCGGGGGCCCACGGCCGCCAUCACGGAUUUCCUGUGGGACAAGCGCACUGGGCUGGCUGCGAGGACGAUGCCUCACUCUAGAAGGUACCGCUCAUCCGAACGCAGCAGCCGAGGCAGCUAUCAUGAGCGCUACAGAAGUCGCAAACACAAGAGACGGCGGACACGGUCGCGAUCGAGCAGCAGCGAGCGUGACCGUCGGCACCGUCGGGAAGACAGUUACCAUGUUCGAUCCAGGAGCUACGACGACCACUCAGGAGACAGGAGGGCCUAUGACCGGCGUUACUGUGAGAGCUACCGGCGGAACGAUUACAGCCGUGAGCGAGGGGAAGCCUACUAUGAACCCGAGUACCAUCAUUCCUACGAGUACCGACGCUCUCGGGACCGCGAGGGCAGCUACCGGAGCUGCAAAAGCAGCCGGCGUAAGCACAGGCGGAGGCGGCGCCGCAGCCGGUCCUUUAGUCACUCCUCAUCGCAGCGGAGUCGACAGAGCAGCAGAAGGGCCAAGAGUGUGGAGGACGACGACGAGGGGCAUCUGAUCUAUCGCGUCGGCGACUGGCUACAAGAAAGAUAUGAGAUUAUUAGCACCUUAGGGGAAGGCACGUUUGGCAGAGUGGUGCAGUGCAUUGAUCACCGGAGGGGUGGUGCACGUGUUGCUCUCAAAAUCAUUAAAAAUGUAGAGAAAUACAAAGAGGCUGCUCGACUGGAAAUUAAUGUGCUGGAGAAAAUCAACGAGAAGGAUCCUGAGAACACAAAUCUUUGUGUCAGGAUGUUUGACUGGUUUGAUUACCAUGGCCACAUGUGCAUCUCCUUCGAACUGCUGGGGCUCAGCACCUUUGAUUUCCUGAAGGACAACAACUAUCUGCCUUACCCCAUCCACCAAGUACGGCACAUGGCCUACCAGGUGUGCCAGGCUGUGAAAUUUCUGCAUGACAAUAAACUCACUCACACUGACCUCAAGCCGGAAAACAUCCUUUUCGUGAACUCUGACUACGAACUCUCCUAUAACCUGGAGAAGAAGCGGGAUGAGCGGAGUGUGAAGAGCACAGCCAUCAGAGUGGUGGACUUUGGCAGUGCCACGUUUGAUCAUGAGCAUCACAGCACAAUUGUCUCUACCAGACAUUACCGGGCCCCAGAAGUCAUACUGGAGCUUGGCUGGAGCCAGCCCUGUGAUGUGUGGAGCAUUGGCUGCAUCAUCUUUGAGUAUUAUGUGGGUUUCACCCUGUUUCAGACACAUGACAACCGCGAGCACCUGGCUAUGAUGGAGAGGAUCUUGGGGCCAAUUCCUUCUCGGAUGAUCCGGAAGACAAGGAAACAGAAAUAUUUCUACCAUGGCCGCCUGGACUGGGAUGAGAACACCUCUGCUGGCCGCUAUGUGAGGGAAAACUGCAAGCCGCUGCGGGACCCCGCGGCGGUGCAGCCGUGGCCCGGCUCCGAGCGCGCGGCGCUGGACGCCUACAACCCCUUCGAGAGCAGCGCGCCGCUACCGCCGUACCAGGCCCCGUCGGCGGCUCCGCCGCCCCUGCCAGCGGCUGGUAUGCCCCCGCCGCAGGCGGCCGCACAGCCCCCGCGGAAAGCCAGCCCCACGGAGCCCCGAAACUACGGCUCCUACGGCACGCAGGCCUCGGCGGCCGCCGCCACAGCUGAGCUGCUGAAGCGGCAGGAGGAGCUGAACCGGAAGGCGGAGGAGCUGGACCGGCGGGAGCGGGAGCUGCAGAAUGCGGCCCUCGGUGGUGCCGCAUCGAGGCUGAACAACUGGCCACCGCUGCCGUCCUUCUGCCCAGUGAAGCCUUGCUUCUACCAAGACAUCCCGGUGGAGAUCCCUGCUGACUUUCAGAAGACUGUUUCUACCAUGUAUUACCUCUGGAUGGCCAGCACCAUUGCUCUCUUCCUGAAUUUCUUGUCCUCGCUGGCCUGGUUCUGUGUGGAGCCCUCGUCCGGUUCCGGGUUCGGCCUCUCCAUUCUAUGGGCUCUCCUCUACACACCUUGCUCCUUUGUCUGCUGGUAUAGGCCGAUGUACAAAGCUUUCAGGAGUGACAGUUCGUUCAACUUCUUUGUCUUCUUCUUCGUCUUCUUUGCCCAGAAUGUGAUGUAUGUGCUGCAGGCGAUUGGCAUACCAAACUGGGGAUUCAGUGGCUGGAUAUUGAGCCUGAUAGCACUGCGGAAGAACACGGCUGUGGCUGUGAUGAUGAUCCUGGUGUCUUUGUUUUUCACAGCAGUGGCUGUGUUGGGCAUCAUUAUGCUGAAAAAGAUCCACUCUCUGUACCGCCGGACAGGCGCUAGCUUCCAGAAAGCGCAGGAGGAGUUUGCUGCGGGGGUCUUCUCCAACCAGGCAGUACGCACUGCGGCAGCCAACGCUGCUGCAGGUGCUGCCACCAAUGCCUUCCGGGCACCCUAGCUGGGCGGGGGCCCCAGUUUCUCAUCGCACGUGGGCUCUUUCUAAGGAAGAGGAAAUCCAAAUUGCAUCUUCAUUGGAUCCCCGUGUGUCUGCAUCAGCUGUCAGAGGCUGCCUCAUCCCAGCUUGGAAGUGCUGGUGCCUGAAUUGUCUGCUGCUCUAACCCCUUUCCUCACGGAUGGAGGCUGUUCUGGUUUGUGCUGGUCCUGUACCCUCAGCGGACUGGGGAAGGAGUGGGAUGGGAGGUGCUGUGGCCAAGCCUUGUGCCUGUCAUCGCCCUCCCUUCCAGCACCAGCUGCUGGGGGCAGGUGCCUCCUCCAGACGUGUGACAGGGACCAGGACCGAAAUGGCUGCUCACCUUCCCUGGGCUCUUCUGUUUCCCCACCUAGUGAUGCCACUUGUGUGCCCUGGGGCAUGAAGGUUCCCAUUGUGCCCAGUCCCAGUGCGUGCAGGGGCUGGCUCUUCCCUGGAGGCUUUUGCCUGCCUUCCCUUUGGCAUGGGACCUGAUUCUCUGCCAAGAAAAUUGUCCCCCUCUUCCCCCGGGGGCUUGCUCCAGUCGAGGGCUGACUCUGUCCCCAGGUUGCCGAGCUGGGAGGCAGCCCUACUCUGUUCCCUUUCCCUGUCCUCUCUCUUUCUCCUUUGCUGGGCUGAGCCUGCUCUGGGUGCAGGGAUAAGGAGAGCAGCACUUGGAGAUGCAGCAGUGGAGCAAGUGCUGCUGGUGGGGCUUCCUGCCUUCAGCCUGUGUGCCUGGCCACAGCCAUCUGGGACUGGCACAUGGUGGACCCUAAAGCUGGUCUGGGCACUGAGGAGGGAUCCUGGUACCUCCUUGGCUCCCUCCUCACCUCUGGGGGGGGGGGGUGAACAGCUUCUCCCUUCCUCCUCUCCCCCUGCCCUGAGGGUCACUCCUCGCUGCCCCUGGCACUCUUCACCCUGAGCCUGUCCCUUCCCCAGGGCCUGAGCACUCCUCCCUUCUGGGGGGCUGAGCUGGUCCCUGUGUACAGCGCUGCCAGUAUGUGCCCUGUGUCCCCGCUAGCCCCUGGUGUCCCUUGUCCCAUGUGCCAGUGUCCUCGGGCAUCCCUGGGCCUGGUGUCCCUGCAACGGGUCUCAUGAGUUCUGCUUUGCUCCAUCUCCUCUCUGAUGCUCCUGUGUUUCUCCCUGCUGCUCCUGGGCCGUCUCCAGGCCCGCAGGGCUUGGGGGGCUCUGCCCAAGGACAGGGACUGCUCUGGGCCCCACUGCUCGUGCCUUCAUCUGUGGGGGCCGGUGCAGGCAGCAGCUCCUGGCAGCUGCGGCGCUCUGCCCUGUCCCGCUGUGAUGGGAGCUGACACUCGGUGAUGGCAGUGGCUCCUGUUCCAGCCGUGGCAGUCUGUCCUGCCGCGGGGCAGCUCCUGCCGUGGCCUCCCGUGUGUUGCUGCGCCCGACGCCAAGCCGCCUUCAGGUUUUAUUUAAGGAAUAAAUGAAGUUUCAUUCA